GUGAAGCCUGGGCACGAGGAACUACGCAUCCCAUGAAGUCAUGCGCUCUCCGCACAUGCGCACUUCCCGCAGGUCGGACGGCCGCAGGGGAAGGGGCGUGGCCAAACGUGAGCGGGAGACUACAUAUCCCAUGGUGCCGGAGGCAGGACUCCGAACCUGCGUACAAGUGGAGCCGCCCCUGGGGUGGGGGGAGGACCAAGGGGGAGCUGCAGGCCGCCGCCAUCUUCGAUUACCUGUUCAAGCUGCUGCUGAUUGGAGACUCUGGUGUGGGGAAGUCCUGCCUCCUGCUGCGAUUUGCUGAUGACACCUACACAGAGAGCUACAUCAGCACCAUUGGGGUGGACUUCAAAAUCCGGACCAUCGAGCUGGACGGCAAAACCAUCAAACUACAGAUCUGGGAUACUGCUGGUCAGGAGCGGUUCCGGACCAUCACCUCCAGCUACUACAGGGGGGCGCAUGGCAUCAUUGUGGUGUAUGAUGUAACAGAUCAGGAGUCCUACAGCAACGUGAAGCAGUGGCUACAGGAGAUCGAGCGCUAUGCCAGCGAGAACGUCAACAAGUUGCUGGUGGGCAACAAGUGCGACCUCACCACGAAGAAAGUGGUGGACUACACCACCGCCAAGGAAUUUGCAGACUCCUUGGGCAUCCCCUUCUUGGAGACCAGCGCCAAAAACGCCACCAACGUGGAGCAGUCAUUCAUGACCAUGGCCGCUGAGAUCAAGAAGCGCAUGGGCCCCGGUGCCACCACUGGUGGGGACAGACCCAACCUCAGAAUCGACAGCACUCCAGUCAAACCAGCGGGCGGAGGCUGCUGCUGAGGCCCAGGACUGAGGGAUGGGGUGGGGAGGGGAGGGGACCGUCCAACCCUGUGCUGUCCAGCACCCUCCUCCUGUGGAGUAGCAACUUUCCCGGAUGAUACCGUGCAGGGGGACGGGACCUCUCUGGUGGGGUGGUGGUUUGGGUUCUCUGCCUGUGUUAAUUACUUCCCUUAUUGAGUGUGUGGUGGGGACAGACCUGCAAGGUGUGCUCUCCCACCCAGGAGAACUUCCCUCUAUGCAGCCUCUUGCCUCAGUCCUUGGUGCCUGAUGGCUGGCAGGAUUCCUGGCUCCUUCUCGUGGGUUCUCUGCUGCUCCCCUCCCCUUCCUGCUGGGUGCAUGGGGCUGCCCCCAUCUCCGCCCCCAGCCUCUGCUCUUCUGCCUGCAGCCCCCUUCUCUCCAGUUUCAGGUGUGAGGGUCUCAGUUGGUGGCAGGCUCACCCCCUAUCUCUUCCUGGGAAGGCUCCUUCCGGUUAAGCUUGAGCCAAGGCAGGCUGAAGCGGUUCUGCUGCCUGGUACCUGGUUUCCAUGGGGCAAUUGCUUGUCACAAGCAAAAUAAUGGCGGUAGGGGCAUAGGCCCCUCUGAACUGCUCAAGCUACUCACCACUGGGUUGUGCCCCCUGCCUCCACUCGGGGUCUAUGUUGUCCUGGCUCCAUGUCUUUUUCAUUCCUCUUGCUCCCAGUGGCGCAGAGACUUCUGUUUAAUCCCCUCUCUGCUGCAACUUGGGGUCCCCUUUCCUCCCACUGCCUUGCUCUAGUUCAAUAUUUAUACCCCUGCGGCAGACCCUCCCACAGUGCCGCAGAGUGGCUGUGACGCAGGGCUGGCCCAGGAACGCUGAGCGGAGCCUGAUGCUGCCACUCCACCUCCGUCCCUUAGCUUCCUCACCUCACCCUGCUGAGGCCAUCUCCCAGUGCUCCCCAGCCACAUGGGGCAGGCAGCUGUCCCUGGGCCCCCCAUACCAGGCCCACUGAAUGUAUUCAGGGUAGCAUGGACAGUCAGGGGCCUUAGAACUGAUCAGAGGCCCAUGGGCUGCUUGUUCAGCCCCCUCCCCAGGGCUCUUCCUGGCUCGGGAGCUCUCAGCCCUCAGGGGGCUAAUGCACUGAGCAGCUGUCCUGCUUCCCUCCAGCUGGGAAGCUCUUGCACUUUCUGUGGAGCAAGUGCAUGGGGGCUGGGGGCUGCCCUCUACUGCUUAGCUCCCCUCUGCAGCGCCAGCCCUUCCCAUCAUGACCAACCCCCAGCCCUGGCAAGAAGGGGAAGCUGGGGGCCUGAGUGCAUAUCCCUCUGCUGUGCCCAGCCCCCCCACCCCCACUGUCUGGCCUGGCCAUGGCCCUGUUUAGGGUAGUGGGAGGAGCCGGCUGGAUGGUUCAUUUGUUGGCUUUUUUUUUUCCACUAGUGACAUUAUUUAAAAAAAAAAAUGGAACAAAAAAAUCCCAAAAUAAAGGUGAGUGCCUCUGCGGGGAGGCUCCCGCAGCCUGCACCCUUCUUCCUGUGA